AUGAAUUUGGAGAUCGUUGGGCGGCACGCCUUACUGUUCGACGACGACGCGACGGCGGAGGUCGUCAACUCCGGCGGCUCCCUUGUCCCCUGGGCGGCCGUCGGCGCGGCAGACCUCCUCCUCGACCGCCACGACGUGCGCCACCUGCUUGACCGCGUGCCCCCUCGCCCGCGCCGCGCCUACUCAGUGGCCCUCCUCUCCGCGCCCUCCCCCGACGGCAUCUCUGAGACCGAGCUCGAUCGCGAGCGCUACCUGGACCUCCCGGCUGGCGACGGCGAAUACGAGGGUUCUGGAGAUGCGGCCCCCUCAGGAAAUGGGACAGAUACUGAACAGGCUGAUUAUAAUGCUGUUCCUUUCUCAUAUGGAUAUCCUGCUGGUUCAGAUGAACCAAGUUCUUCGGACUUGUGUUAUCGGCCAUCAUUUUAUGUGCCAGAAAUCUUGUUGAAUAAGCUGCCUCCUUCUGAGAAGGCGCAUCAGAUAAUUGCAAGAACAGCUUUAUUUGUCAGCGAGCAUGGGGGACAGUCAGAGAUUGUAUUGAGGGUGAAACAAGGAGAUAAUCCAACAUUUGGAUUCUUGAUGCCUGAUCAUCAUCUCCACAGCUACUUCCACUACCUUGUUGAUCAUCCUCAACUGCUGAAAGAUGGUGCUGAUGCUGUUGACACGGAUAAACGUAAUACUGAGAGUGAGCAUGCUUCAUCUGGCGGGGCUUUAUCAUUGCUUGGGACGCGAUAUGACUCAGAAGAUGAGGAUGAAGGCACACUCCCACGUAGUUCGGAAGGCAUGAAUCCUGGAAAUAGCAUGACCCCUGAUGUGCAGGGCCAUGUAAAAUCUGCAUCAAUUAUGCCUGACAAAAAAGAACUAGGCAAAGAUCAGAAUGCUGCCGCUCCUGCAGUUAAGAGUAAAACAAUAUUGACAAAGAAGAAUCCGAUUAUUACUGGCAACAGCAUUGUUGCUGUUCAGCGUGAAAAGGUUAAUGACACAAUUACAGUAUCAACUACAUCCAAAUCACAUACCAAUUCAGGCUUAUCUGAAACAAAAGAAAUGAUCCUUGAACCACCAUCUUUCAUGAAACGCACCAUGGAGAAAAUAAUUGAGUUUAUUCUGACGAACGGGAAGGAGUUCGAAGAAAAACUGAUUGAGCAAGACAGAACAACUGGGAGGUUUCCAUUUCUUCUAUCUUCUAAUCCAUACCACUCGUAUUAUCUAAAGUUUCUCCAGGAAACUGAAGAGUCCAAGUCACGCGAUAGAAGUCCUAAUCACAAGGACAGAAGAGGUUCUUCUGACUGGAGGGGCAGAAGAAGUCCUGAGAGCGAUAACAGCUCUCGUGAGCGCGCCGACAGAAGCUCUCGUGAGCGCGUCGACAGAAGCUCUUGUGAGCGCGCCGACAGAAGCUCUCAUGAGCGCGUCGACAGAAGCUCUCGUGAGCGCGUCGACCGAAGAUGCUCAAUGGAGCGCAAAGACAGCAGUUAUGGCAUGGUAUCCAGUGCUUCUGAUAGAAGCUCAGCUGGACCAUCGGAGAAGCAGCUGUAUGACAAACAAGGGAAGGGUAGAUUCCAUCCUGUUUGUGGGGUCAAGAAGGGACCUACUCGGAAAGUCACUGCAGAUGAAGCUGCUGCUAUAGUAAUGGCGGUUACUCGUGGACUGGGUGCUGCAAAUGACUCACUUAACACCAUGAAAGGAACCAAGGACAAUGUUCGCACCCAUGUUAGUAAUGAUCCUUCUUCCAGCUUUGGAAGUUCUUCAUCUUUACAGGACCGAGAUGCACUGUCCAAAUAUAUUUCAAAUAGCGAGGCUGAUGCUUCACUUACAAGUAGUGGACAGCCCCAAAAGGAAGGUUUUGGAAUUAUUGAUGAUGAUUGGAUUGCAAACACUAUUGCAAAAGCUGCUGCUGCCGCAGCCUCCAAAGAGGCAGAUUCUUCGGAAGCUUCCAUGACAAAGGAACAGAAGCUGAAAACUGAGAGGCUUCGCCGUGCGAAGAUGUUUGCUGCAAUCAUUAAGAGUGGAGACAACAAGAUGAAUGAUUUAGCUGCAGCAUCGGAUCCAACCAGUGAAGCUUCCAAGGCAAUUCCUGAUACGAAUGUCUCUGGACUUGAUCUGCAAUCUGUGGCUAAGGAACGUGAAUGUAGAUCUGCUCCGUUUGAACAUGAGGGGCCAAACUUGACAAAGCAUAAUAAAGACUCUGAUGAUGAACAGAACAGAGUGCGGAAGUAUAGAAAGAAACAUCAAGAAUCUGACGAGGAAGGAGAUGAAUCAGGGGAUAGCUAUAAGCACUCGAGGAAGAGGCAUCGCCCAGAGCAUUCAAGAGGCCGGAGUAAGGAUGUUCAUAAACAUAAGCUCAAGAGUCACUCCAAGGACAGGGAAUCCAGACAUCACAGACACCGUUAUAACUCUUCGGAAGAUGGGCAGGAGCAGGAGCGUCGGAGUUCGAAGUCAAGGCAUAGGCAUAGAGAUGAUCACCACUACUCUGAUGAGGAGGAACACAGGAGGUCACAUAAGCAUCGGAGGAGGGAGCGUCACUCCAGUUCUAAAAGGAAGCUCGAGGAAGACCGAGACCAGAGUGAACAGUCUCAAGGUCGCUUAGAAGUGUCCCCGUCUAGAUCAGGUGCCAAGUUUGAAUCAGACAAGCUGCCUGAUGACACUGCACAAUCAACUCAGGGAACAACUGAAAUGCCCAGUGAAUUGAGAGCAAAAAUCAGAGCGAUGUUGCUCGAGAGACUGUAA